CGGCAGCAUGGGAUCCUUGAUAACUUCAAGCCUCCUACAUAUACCGUGUUGGUUUGCAGUGCGCUUCUUAGCUUUACCUCAGACCGGUGUGGGAUUCUCCCGAAAGUCGACAGAGGCCACUAUCAGUACAGUUCCCAACGUGGUGUCCGUCAACAUUGAUUCCCUGCGACGGCUACAGAGUUCUCUUCUCCAAGCGUCGAAGUCGAUUUUCAAGACCUCACGGCAAUCGUGCCAAAGCCUGAUUCCUGUCCAACCCCGCACUAAGGCAGCCAUGCAACCUUUUAAGUCGUCAGGCUAGGGCACUCUGAGACAAGAUGCCGACGAAAAAAUGGGCCACAGAAGCGGACUUCACCGAACAUAGGGCAACAGUCACGAGCCUUACUGCCAGAAGCCUCUUGUAGAAGUUAUAGAACAUAUGCGACGAGAGCAUCAAUUCCAAGCUAUGUAAGAUAGAUAGAUGUCUACCUCUAUCGCCAUGUCUGCUGAGUCAUUGAAUUCACAGACUAAAAACGAUGCCCAAUGCCAGACGGGCAAGGCGCCACACGAACAUGUAGGCGACGCUGCCCAGCCGAUAGUUCCCCGGCAAUCUGCGCCGUCAACUGUAGCACCAGAUCGUGGAACAACAGUUACUCAGCAGAAAGUCCUACACUGUCUUAGCAUUAUGGACAAGUAUGUUGAUGGAAACUCGGCUUGUGGGCGGUGGCAGACGUCCCCUACAUUCAUGGCGUCGCUUCAAAAUAGCGAUUGGCUGGCACAGAUCACCACAGUUACAAUACUUCUGAAAGGGGAACAGGUGAAGACUGGUUUUCAACUCCAAACCGGUUGUUUCGAUACCUACAAAGCCAACAUAAAGGCAGAAAGCCCCUUGCUCACCUCUAAAACCUUUAUGGCGACUUUCCAGCUUAUGAGCAUCUCGCCUAACUUGGGGAUAUACUUAACCUUGGAUAGCGAAGCAUUCGCCAAUUGUAGCGACCUAUUCCUGGGUUGCUUCCUCAACCUGAUGAAGCAACAUACAACUGGUCGGAUGUUUCUACUCAGCCCCGCCACGUUUUCACAAUAUCAAGAAUUGACACGAAUGUCCAAGGGCGAUGAGGCAAUGCCAUUAUUAGGUCAUCAGCACGUCCUGCAAUGUGGCAGCGGCGAGUUGCCACCCGCGGCUACGCGGCCAGAGAUACUUUCGCUCUAUCCCCUUCAUCUAGCACGAAUCAAGGUGAUAAAGCAGGAGCCGGUAAUGAUCAAUUACUUGUCUUUCUAG